AUGGAAUUUUGGCUUGAGCGCGGUGUGGACUCGUUUCGUAUCGAUGCUGUGACAUUCUUCUUUGAAACGCAUUACGAAAAUGGCACUUUCCCAGAUGAGGACAGUUAUGUGGACAAACCGACCGAUGCGGCCAAUUGGCAAGCAGGCAACCAUGACAACAGUCGUCCGGCUACACAUAUAGGCGAGAAAAGAGUGGAUAUGAUGACGAUGAUAGUGCAUGCCAUGCCCGGCGCAUCGGUCACUUAUAACGGUGAUGAGAUCGGCAUGACUGACAUGGACACAGACUCUGAUAAUUACCGAGAUCCAGAGCGCAUGCCAAUGCAAUGGGACACAUCGGAGAAUGCCGGCUUCAGCACAGGCAACUCCACUUGGCUGCCAAUCAAUCCGAACUACAAAUACCUCAACGUACAAACACAACGGGGCGUGGCACGCAGUACUUUGAAUAUUUACUAA